UCAGUGUGCUAACGCUAGCUGUCUGAAGUUAGUCGUUGCUUAGCAACUUGUUUUUGACCGGAAAGUUGACCACCUUUAGCUGAUUUCCUGGGUGGUGUAGCGUUCAGACCGAUUACAGCUAGUGAAACGAACGGAAAGAUACGUUAUGAUGGUUGAAAUAAUGGUUUUAAAAUAUAUAUAUUUACCUCGACUAGCUGCUAAUUAGCUAAGCUAGGAAAUGAGUUGAAGGCCGUGCACCACUUUAACAGUAUAGCUUACUUUACUUAGCUUAGCUUAGCUUUGUGAAUAGCGUUGUGGAUUAUGCUGAGGAGCUUCUGUUUAUUAGUCCAUUGCAGCUUGAAUAUAAACUUGACUCUCUGAUUAUGGCCACUGGAAAUCAUGCUGGGAACGAUGCAGAAGUCCACAGGCUCAAGCAAGUCAAGGCCCUCGAUCUUUUCCACCCGAGAAGCACUCCUGCAGAUGAAGCGAACAUGAGGCAGGUGGAUUAUUUAUAUAAGGAGGAAAUAGAUAAAGACAGAUUUCCAGUGGGGCGUUGCAUGCACAACUACAGCAAAGUAAAACGAGCGGUGAGCAAGAAGACGUGUCAUUCAGUUCUGCAUCCUGCGGUCCGGCUGCGACCGUCGUCAGCAGGCAGACCGUCUGACAUGGCCAAUAAGGAGAAUGAGCUGACGUGUGCCGAGGACGUGCAGGGCGUUCACUAUAAGGACAAGUGUGCGUUCCCUGUGAACUCGACAGACGCCUCUAAAAUGGCAGGAGCUGGCUCCAAGUACAGUGACUACUUCACUGAGUUAUCCAGGGACCAUGACACGAUGACUCACGCGCUCUUUGGGAGGAAUCUCAGGUUAAAUGUGGCUUUGACACUUUGGCGAAGAAAUGCUAGUGAACUAGUGGCUUAUUUGAUCAGAAUACAAGACACAGGGGUUCUGGCUGACUGUCUUCCUGUUCUCACAAAAAGCCUUCAAGAAGAAGAGUCAUGUGUUUCCAUUGGUUGCUGUGUUGACCUUUUACCGCAAGUGAAGACAUUACUUCUUCGCAGAUAUGAGGUGCACCUCACUGUGGCUUUGCACUGGGUUCAGUCGGUUGUUAAGAAAUGGUGGCCUGACCUCUCAUCUAAUGGGAAAACUCUGCAAGAUUGCUGUUCGAAUGAGAAAAAUGUUCAGGCGAUGCGAAAGCUGCUGCUUGAUCUUUGGGAUGAUGCGUGUCCGUUAUUCUCAAUACCUGGAACUGUGGGGGAACUAAGCAAGGACGUUGAAUCCUAUCUGUCACAGUUGCGCUGAUUUCUUGAUGUAGAACACUCGAGGAAAUGACCACUACAUGCACUUGCUGCGGUUUUCAGAGCUGCUCUUUGAACAGCGAGAUAAACUGAGUCUUUGUGUCACUCCACAAGAGGACGUGACUCGACGGCGAAUGGGGAGACAGAUGAACUGACCAAUUCAGACCCUCCCUAUAUCCAAACUGGAGACAUAAAGGGUAAAACCCUUUCCUGUAAAACCCUGACUGCUUCACAUUGAAGUGGACUUUUUUUCUUUUCUAUUUUUUUUUUUUUUCCCCAUUAGUGGCACUCAGUCAACUCUAUGAGACUGUAAGAAUCAGGUAACUCACAGAAGUGCCAUGGAGAAGUUUGAACUCAAAUUCUCAGUGCCACAAUGUGCACUUGCUGAAGUGGAUUUGGCGUACCGUGUCCCGAGUCAGCUCCUCGUACAAUGUCUUACCAAUGAAGAGUUUGUAGUCCUACAGUCUUAAGUUAUUGAAGCUUUCACUGUCUUAUGCUUGUUCGUGGAUGAAAUGAUUGUGCAUCGUGGUGAUAUUCUUUUAAUCAACUUCUAAAUAAAUUUGCUAAAUUUGCCAAA